AUGUCAGACUCUGAUGUGUCCCAGCAACUCGACUCGAUAUCACGGAAGCUCAUAACAAGCACCAGCCUUGUCCAUGCACCCAAGAAGCCUCAAGAUACGCACCUAACGGCGACGAUUGCAGAUCUGCACGUCCACCCCACAAUAGAAGCUCUCCUGCAUAUCCUAAACCACGACCUGCCAUCUGCCCACUUUCUCGUCCGCCACAUGCAAGCCCCGCCGGCUGUGGAGGGCAUGCUUCUCCACAGCAUCUUGCACCGCGCUGAAGGCGACUUCAACAACGCACGCGCAUGGAUGCACGACGUCUCGGACGCAUGUGAGGGUUACCAGCCCAAAUACAAGGCCCAAGGCCAAAAACUAGAUCCCGAGGUUUUCCAAAAAAUCGGCAGUAACAAUAACUCGCAGAUAUCUGGUCUGUCACUUGUCAAGUUCGUGUAUGGCGACGAAGAUGCCGGACAUCUCGUUGAUGCUGUUGAGACUUUUCGGAAACAGAAGCGGGGGCAACGAGGGAGAGGUGAAGAGGAGGAGAGGGAUAUUGAGCAGAGGAUUAGAGGAGAGGCGGAGAAGGUGCUGGAUUGGUGCAGGGGUAAAUUUGGGAGUGGGGUGUGGCGCGAUGCGACGGGGGCUUGGGUUAGGAAUAGCGAGGAGAUUGGCAAGAUUAGUGCGAGUAUGGUGAGUGGAGGGAAGGGUUAUAGGGAUUUUUAG